UAAAGAAACACUAGCAGAGACCAAUUGCUUGUUUCUAAUUCGGUAGGGCCUGUGAAUCACUCACUGAAUGAAAAAGUUCAACGUUUGACCAAAAAUCAGUUCAUCUUAGACGGUGGUGACGGUUGAUCGGAAUUUGAAAUCCCGAUCAGCACGCCUGCUUCCACCUUGUUUUGAAGCUGUAUUCUGGUUCCCUUAUAGGCUUUUCUUCGUUUUGUUUAUGUAUUCUAUUUAGAAACUGCCUUUUUCAGUACUGAUUCUUUCUUUUAGUUGACGCUUUUCAUUUGGUUAAUUCUUCUAGUGUGAUGAUUGAAAAUUGAAAUCCAAAGCAGAACUGAACAGAGACUCUUAGGAUGGCUGAUCCAUUAGCCAUUGUGGCUUCUGCCAUAGCAAUAACCAAAGAAGUGAUAGGCGCAAUUUGUUCUAUUUUUCAACUAAGAAACCAUGGGAAAAUUCUGGAUCAUAACUAUGAGAAAUUGAAAACAGAAGCAGAAAGUUUAUGUUUGAAGAGGGAUGCUCUACAGGACAGAAUACAGAGUGAUAAGACAAGGCAGCCAACUAAACAAUGCAAAAUAUGGAUUCGUAAUGUUAACAAAAUUGAAAAACAGGUGCAAACCAUAAAAGGUAAAUAUGAUGUUGAAAAGGGGUGUCACUCUAAUUGGUUUCAUUUUCUCCAGCGUGUAGAACUUAGCAAAUCAAUGGUGGAGACGUAUGAUAAACUGCAAAGUUUCUCAGCAGCUGUUCCAGCUGAAGUUUUGGUUGAGAGAUCACUAAGGCUUGUUGUUAGAAAUAAGACUCCGAAAAUAGACAACAAGCCAUCUCUUUACAGAAUUUUCAAACUGGUGCUGCAGUCCUUGGGAGAUGUUAAUGUAAGAAGAAUUGGUCUUUGGGGGAUGAUGGGAGUUGGGAAAACAGCAAUUAUGCAAAAUCUGGAAGAAAAUGAACAGAUUUCUGGGAUGUUUGAUGAAGUCAUUUUUGUAACUGCAACAGAGGAAGGGAAUGAAGAACAACUGCAAUCUGAAAUUGCACAACAGCUAGGAUUGGAUAUAGAAGGCAUUUCUGACACUAGGACAAUUGCUUUAAGGGUAUCUGAAAAGCUGCAAGGCAACAGGUAUUUGCUUCUUUUGGAUGAUGUUUGUGGCAGAUUUGAUCUUGAUAGAAUUGGCAUUUGUGAUAAUGGAAAAGACAGCAAGAUAGUGUUGGCAUCCAGAGACACUGGCAUUUGUCGUUACAUGCUUGUGAAUGACUUAUUCGCUGUGGAGCGACUAUCAGAUGAUGAUGCAUUGAAACUCUUUCAAGAAAGCUACGGUCACAAAAUUCAUUCAGCUUUCCAACCAUUAGCUCGGCAGAUUAUUCGCGAGUGUGCUAACUUACCGAUUUUAAUUGACAAAGUGGCAAGAGCUUUUAGAGAUAAAGAGGACAUUCUCUUGUGGGAGGUUGGGUUGAAAAAAUUGAUUAUAUAUCCUGAAGUUAGAGAUGAAAGCAUGGAAGAAGUGCUUAAUGUGUUGGCAUUUUGUUAUGAAGGGUUGGAUGAUGAAGACAAAAAGGUUUGCUUUCUGUAUAGUGCAUUACAUCCUGAAGAUUGCAAAAUUUAUAAAGAUUAUUUGCUAGAAUGUUGGAAAGCUGAAGGUUUCACUCAAGAUAUGGAAUUGUUUACUGCACAUGACAGAGGGGAAGAGAUAUUGCAUCACCUUAUUAAUGUGUCUUUGCUAGAGAGCAACAAGAAGACGAAAUGUGUAUGGAUGAACAAAAUUAUUCGGAAAAUGGCCCUCAAAAUCUCAUUAGAGAGUGAGGAUACACAAUGUUUGGUGAAAGUUCGCAAAGAGUUACACGUGCCUCCAAGUAGGGAAGAAUGGGAACAGAAAAAAUGGAUCUCAUUGAGGGAUAAUAAAUUGCUCUCUUUACCAGAAAGGCCAAAUUGCAGCAAUCUCUCAACACUUCUACUGCAGAGAAAUUAUCAUCUGACUAUAAUACCUCAUCUAUUCUUUGGAUCUAUGCCACAUCUACGAGUUCUAGACUUACAUGGCACUGGAAUCAAUACAUUGCCAUCUUCAAUCUCUUACCUCACAUGUCUCAAAGCCCUUUAUUUAAAUUCUUGCAGAAAUUUAACGGAGCUCCCAUCUAAAAUAAAGGCGCUUGAAGAUCUUGAGGUCCUUGAUAUUCGAGGCACUAGGAUUAAUUGCUUGCCUGUUGAAUUUGCAUGUUUGCGUCGCCUAAGGUGCUUAUGCAUAUCAUUGUCAAAAAUUGAAGGAGAACUAGGAAAGGUGAAGCGUUCUCUCAAUGUCAUUUCAAAACUUUCAUUGUUGGAAAAAUUACUUAUUGAGGUGGAUCCAGAAAACCGUUGGUGGAAUGAGAUUGUAAAAACUAUAGCUAUAGAAGUGGAUGCCUUGACCAAAUUAACUCAUAUGUCAUGUUCCAUUGCUAGCUAUCAUCCAACCCAAUAUAAGGUUUUGGAUUAUCUUGAAUAUGAAAACUGCAGGUGCUUGAAGUAUGCAGUUGAUGAAGGAAUGGAUUUCAUGAUACCAGAACUAGUUGCUGAAGUCAAUAUAUUUGAGUUAAUUGGGCACAAGGAAGCUCUGACCCUAUCAGAAUUUGGCAUUAACAAUUUCAACAAUCUGAGGAGUUGUUUGAUUGAAAGCUGCAAUGAAAUGAUAACCGUCAUCAACGGCAAUGAAAUAAGCGAACCUGUGUUAGAAUGUUUGGAGAAAAUGUGUGUAAGCAAUCUUCCGAACUUGAAGACGAUUUGGGAGGGUCCUAUUCCCACCGGAAGCCUCACCCAACUAACUACUCUUAUUUUGUUCAGAUGCUCAAAGUUGAAGAAGAUAUUCUCCUACGACCUGAUGCAACAACUCUCUAAACUUCAACACUUGGAAAUUGAAUCUUGUCAUGAAAUUGAAGAGAUAAUUAUGGAAUGUGAGAACAGUAGGUUGGCAUCUUGUGUUCUUCCCCAACUGGAGACACUAAUUCUUAUUGAUUUGCCAAGAUUAGAAAGCAUUUGCAUUGGCGCACCGGUUCCAAUUCUGCAAACACUAGUUCUUGCUGAUCUCCCAAGUUUAAAAAGCAUUUGCAAUGGUGCAUCGCAGUCAUUAAAAAGGAAGAUUGACAGAUGCCCGAGUUUGGAGAGCCACUAUCCCUGCUUUUGUUUGACAAAAAUGCCCCAAAGAGAUGUUUCAACAUGGAAUGUUAUGAUUUGUGGUAUGGCAUCACAUGGCCUUCGAAAGAAAGCUCUUGCACUCUUUGAGAGGUUCUUAACUGAAGGACUACGGCCAGCGAAUAUAACCUUCAUUGGUGUUUUGAAUGCUUGUAGUCGAGCAUGUUUGGUAAAGAAAGGCAAACAUUAUUUCAAGAUGAUGACAGAAAAUUAAUGCAUUGAGACAGAGAUGGAGCAUUAUGGCUGUAUGGUUGAUCUCUUGGGUCGAGCAGGUUUAGUCUCUGCGGCUGUUGAAAUGAUUGAGAAGAAAGUUACAU